AUGAGCGAAAGCAGUGACGAGGAUGCCCACUCAGACAGUACGGUGGAGGAAACCCUGGUGAUGCUAAACCUGCCACAGUUAAACAGUGAUGAACGAAAAUUGAAAAAUCUCAACAUUUAUCGAAAGAAAAAAGGAGAUCAAAUUUACAUCGAGAAUGAACGAUGGGGGGUGAAGAAAAAGGAAAAUCAUUCAAAGGGGAGCCGCAACGCUGCUGCGAAGGAUAACCGAUUGGGGAGUCAGAAGAGUAUAAAUAUUGACUUAACGAAUGAUGAGGAACAAGGACUCCUGGGGGAUAUCCUCAUAAGCUCGGAUGGCUCGGAGGAAAUGGGAAGGUCUGUUCGGGCGGACGCAAUGGAAGGGGCGCCAUCGCCGCGGGGGAACUCGCAAGGCGGGAAGAACAAAGAUGGGGGGCAAAAAAAUCAGCGGCAAAAAAAUCAGCGGCAAAAAAAUGAGGUGCAAAAAAAUGAGGUGCCAAAAAAUGGGGGGCAGAAAAAUGAAGGACCCCAAAAUAACGAUCACCCAAAGGACGCUGACGGGAAGCACGAGCGUGGGAACCAAGUUGAUAACAUCCCAUUCGACAUCGACACCAUCUCCAUAAGUAACUUAUUCGGCGAGUGCCCCGAAUGCAUAAUAAACAAUAAAUACAAAUUUAAGGGUAUUCACACGUCCAGCAUCGGGACGAACUUGUUUUUCAAGGAACCAGACAGCCUUAAAAAGAAAAGCGGCCUGUCGAAUUAUGAACUGUCGUACGAUCACCUGAGCAGAAACAUGAAAGUCGACAACAGAAUAAGCAGAGAUGACUUCACACAUUACGAGGGCUACUCCACAAAAAUAAUAUCCUUUGAAAUAGACUACUAG